AUGACGAAGCAAAUUCCUGACAAAGCAGAAAUAUUAGAAUUUCUCAAAGAAAAAUAUCCCGAGGCUAGUAAAUUAUUGAAAGAAGGCAUCCAAAGGUUAGAAAAACAAGAAAACUCAGUAAAAGUGACAAGAGUAAGAAAAACAACUAACCCUAUGAACCAAGAAUAUAGUGUUAAAACCACCAUUCAAGAUAUUGAAUCCAAAUUAGAUAAAAACCAAAAUCCUUAUUUCAAACUUGCGCAACUAUUCAACACUACAAAACCAGUCAAGAAGGAGUUAAAUUAUCCUCAGCUUGCUGAACUUGCACUAAUUGCUGAGCAGUUAUCUAAUUUAAUAACAACUGCUCUUAUUGCUUCUGUUGUGAUGGUUGUGACUUUAAUGCUUGUCCCACUGGAGAUUGUGUUAAUGGCAAUCAAUAUACUGCUUAUGCCGAUGGACAGGACAACCAAUGAUUUGAGGAUAACCACCUGGAAGUUUGCAAUGACUGUCAAUAAACCAGAACUAAAAGCCGAAGCCAGAGAAUACUUCCAAGAAAUUCAAGAAUAUUUGACUCAAGCCAGAACUAAUCUUUCUAGUUUACGCAAAACCUUGGAUCCUGAAUAUGCUACUAACAUUAGAGAAGCAUGUUCAGAAAUCAUUGAUCUUAUUGAUGGUCAAUUAUUAGAAGUAUUGAAUAAUUAUGCUCAAGAAACAAUUGUUUAUCAUCCGGGAAAAAUACUACGGGAGGAAUUUUUAGUUCCUUCUCGUCUUACUCUGCGUCAGUUAGCUCAUAAUAUAAAUGUUCCCGAAAAGGAAUUAAAGAAUAUUGUGGCUGAAAAGACCGAUUUAACUAAAAAUAUUGCUACUCGGUUAGCCCUAUAUUUUGAUACUGCUCCCACUUUUUGA